AUGGCUCUCUUCCUCUUCUCCCGCCGGGCAGCUGCUCGCUCAUGCACAGCAGCGACCAUCCGUUCGUUCAGCACACCCAUCAACGAUGCCCUCUCCCCCGUCUCCCCCUCUGCCCCUCCCCCACCGCCAGAAGAGCAGGAGAGCGUCGUGCUACGGAACGCCGUCAACGCAAGGGGACCUCGCUAUGACUGGACGAGAGAGGAGAUCCGUGAGAUCUACCACCAGCCCUUGAUGCAAUUGGCACAUGAGUCUGCAACGCUCCACCGCCGCUUCCACCGCCCUUCAGCCAUCCAGAUGUGCACCCUCAUGAACAUCAAGACCGGCGGCUGCAGCGAGGACUGCUCGUAUUGCGCGCAAAGCUCCCGCUACCAAACCGGCCUGCAAGCAACCAAGAUGUCUUCCGUCGACUCGGUGCUGGAAGCGGCUCGCAUAGCCAAGAGCAACGGCAGCACACGCUUCUGUAUGGGUGCUGCUUGGCGAGACAUGCGAGGCCGGAAGACCAGCUUGAAGAACGUCAAGGCGAUGGUUGAGGGCAUUACCGGCAUGGGCAUGGAAGCCUGCGUAACGCUAGGCAUGAUCGACUCCCACCAAGCCCACGAAUUGAAGUCCGCCGGCCUAACCGCCUACAACCACAACCUCGACACCUCCCGCGAACACUACCCCUCCGUAAUCAGCACGCGCACCUACGACGAGCGCCUGCAAACCCUCUCCCACGUGCGCGAAGCAGGAAUCAACGUCUGCUCCGGCGGGAUACUCGGCUUGGGCGAGAAACCAGAAGAUCACGUCGGACUCAUCCACACCGUCGGCACACUCCCAGCCCAUCCCGAAUCCUUCCCCGUCAACGCACUCGUACCGAUCAAGGGCACGCCACUAGGGGACAAGCUACCGGAGGGCAAACGUCCGAUCCCCUUCGACGCGAUCCUACGCACGAUUGCCACGGCGCGGUUGGUCAUGCCCGCGACCAUCAUCCGGAUAGCGGCGGGGCGGACGACGAUGAGCGAGGCGGAGCAGAUUCUGUGCUUCAAUGCGGGCGCGAAUGCGGUGUUUACGGGCGAGAAGAUGUUGACCACUGAGGCUGUGGGCUGGGAUGCGGAUAAGGCCAUGUUUGAGAAGUAUGGAUUGAGGCCAAUGAAGAGCUUUGAGCGGGGUGGGUUGAGGGAGCGGGAGGCCGAGGAGGCGAAGGAGAAGGUGAAGGUGGGGAGUUGGGCGGAGUUGAAGGAGAGCGUCAGGGGUGAGGUGGCGGCCGCGUAA